AUGGUGAUAGAGACCAAAGACCUCAACCAGACUGUGGUGAGCCACUUCUUCCUGGAGGGUCUGAUGUACACAUCUGAACAUCCUAGUGUCUUCUUCCUCCUCUUCCUCUUUAUCUAUAGCAUCACCUUUACUGGGAAUCUUCUUAUUCUCACAAUUGUGGGCUCUGACCUUCACCUCUGCUCUCCUAUGUACCACUUCCUGGGGCAUCUCUCUUUCCUGGAUGCAUGUUUGUCUACAGUGACAUUGCCCAAGGUCAUAGAGGGCCUCCUGACUCUGGAUGGCAAGGUGAUCUACUUUGAGGGCUGUGCUGUACAGCUUUACUGCUUCCACUUCCUGGCCAGCGCCGAGUGCUUCCUGUAUACAGUCAUAGCCUAUGACCGCUACCUAGCUAUAUGUCAACCCCUGCACUACCUAGUUGCCAUGAACAGACAUAUGUGUGCAGGGCUGGCUAGAAUCACUUGGGCCAUAGGUGCUGUGCACUCUGCAAUCCACACCUCCCUCACCUUCUGCUUGCUCUCCUGUGGUCCUGACCAUAUUGCCUAAUUCUUUUGUGACAAUCCCCCUGCGCUGAAGCUGGCCUGUGCAGUCACCACCGUUAAUGAGAUUGUCCUGCUUGCCAACAUUGGUAUUGUGGCAGCAGCUUGCCUGAUCCUCAUUGUCAUAUCUUACGUCUUCAUCAUGGCUGCGGUACUGUGGAUCCGCACAGCCCAGGGCUGACAGCAUGCCUUCUCUACUUGCACCUCCUACCUCACAGUGGUGUUCCUGUACUACAUACCACCUGUCUGUAUCUACCUGCAGCCUCACUCCAGUGGGGCAGGAGCCGGGGCCUCUGCUAUCUUCUACACAAUAGUCACUCCAUUGCUCAACCCUUUCAUUCACACUCUGCAGAACAUGGAGGUAAAGCCGGCCUUGCGAAGACUUCUAGGCCAAAGCUCCGGAGAGCCUCCAGUAGGCAGUCCACCCCCCUGCCAGAAAAGCAAUUUAAUUUUCCUGCCAGGAAAGCAACUAUCAAGAUGGGGAAAGAAAUAUCAAAAUGGGAAAAGCAAAUCAUUCAAGUGGAAAUCAGUGUAA